AUGGCAAUGUCAAAAAGGAAACUGGCUUGCUGCAAGAUUCCUCUGAAUGUGGAGACAUGUUCUUUUGCUUUAUUCUUUCAGGGUCUUGAUACUACAAGUACUAGUAUUUGCUGGGCAAUCUAUCUGUUAGGUCUGCACACCGACAUACAGAACAACGUAUAUGAGGAGCUGAAACAGAUCUUCCAAGGAUCUGACCGCCCUGCCAAGAUGAAGUUCCUAAGUGAGAUGAAAUAUUUUGAGAGGGUCAUCAAGGAGUCUCUAAGAUUGUACCCAGUGUAUCCUUCAUUGCCAGAGAAAUAACAGAGUACAUAGAGAAUGCGAUUUUAGGUUACCAACGUGACAAGUAUAAGAUGGCUGCCUUCCAGUUUGCUGCACCUGAGCAAGGAUUGCGCCAGAUAUUGGUCAGGAAGCCUGAGUGGAAGAGACUGCUGUGGAAACAUACAUGUAGA